AUAUAGGAAGUGGACAGCGUGAGACUGCAGUUUGACGUUCGCCGGAGCUACGCACGAAAUCAAGCCCAGUACCUCAUUGCCAGUGUUAAAUCUCAGACCCAAAAUGGUGGACUCCCAGUACUACCUCCCAAAUGACAUCGGCAUCUCUGCACUCGACUGUGGUGAGGCAUUUCGUUUGCUUUCACCUCAGGAGAAGCUGUACGCCCAUUACCUGUCACGCGCCGCUUGGUAUGGCGGUCUGGCCGUGCUGCUGCAGACGUCCCCCGAGUCCGCAAACAUCUUUGUGAUGCUGCAGAGGAUCUUCAGGAAGCAGACGCCUGCACAGCUGGAGCAGGCCGCCACAGCAGCUGGACUGAGCUCUGCGGAGUACCAGGCCUUCUUGGUGUAUGCAGCUGGUCUUUAUGCAAACAUGGGAAACUACAAGUCUUUUGGAGACACAAAGUUUAUCCCAAACCUACCUAAGGAAAAGCUGCAAGCUCUGGUGAAGGCCAGCCAGGCGUUUCAGGAUCAGCCUGCUGAGAUGGAGGCUCUGUGGAACAGCUGCUCAGGUCCGCUCUACUCGUUGGAGGACAAACAGAAACAGCUCGGACUCGGUGACAAGGGAAUUACCACCUAUUUCUCUGGAAACUGCUGUCUGGAGGAUGCUGAGCUGGCUCAGAAGUUCCUUGACUCCAAAAAACUGUCUGCUUAUAACACCCGCCUGUUUAAGAGGGACAAUGGAGGGAAAGCCUGCUACGAAGUGCGCUUGGCUUCGGCUGUGCAGAAAGAUUGUGCCGUGGACGGGGAAUGCGAGUCCUGCUGUGGCAGCUUCCGCUUCGAAGACAAAGAGUUCACCGUGAAGAGGGGAGACUACGGCCCUGUCAUGGAGAAAGUCAGCUACUAUCUCCAGGAAGCACAGGCCUACGCUGCCAAUGAGAACCAGAGGAAGAUGCUGGAGGAGUACAGACGUAGCUUCACCCUGGGCUCCAUCGACGCCCAUAAAGAAGGCUCACGGUACUGGAUCAAGGACAAGGGGCCAAUCGUGGAGAGCUAUAUAGGAUUCAUCGAGAGCUACAGAGACCCAUUUGGUUCCAGAGGAGAGUUUGAAGGUUUCGUUGCGGUUGUGAACAAGGCGAUGAGCGAGCGCUUCGCGAAGCUGGUGAGUUCGGCAGAAGUGCUGCUCCCCGAGCUGCCGUGGCCCCGGGAGUUUGAGAAAGACACAUUCCUGAAGCCCGACUUCACCUCGCUGGACGUCCUCACCUUCGCCGGCAGCGGAAUCCCUGCUGGCAUCAACAUCCCCAACUAUGAUGAUAUCAGACAGUCAGAAGGGUUCAAAAAUGUCUCACUGGGUAACGUUCUCGCCGUGGCCUACGCUACCCAAAAAGAAAAACUCACUUUCCUGAAAGAGGAAGACAAGGAUCUGUUCAUCAAGUGGAAGGGCCCGUCGUUCGAGGUGCAGGUCGGACUUCAUGAGCUGCUCGGCCAUGGAAGCGGCAAACUGUUUGUGCAGGAUGAUUCGGGCAAGUUCAACUUUGACCAGACAAAAGUGAUCAACCCAGAGACCAAAGAGCCUGUGUCCAGUUGGUAUCGGGGCAGUGAGACUUGGGACAGUAAAUUCUCCACGAUCGCCUCAUCCUACGAAGAAUGUCGAGCCGAAUGUGUCGGACUUUACCUGUGUCUCAAGAAGGAAGUGCUCAGUAUUUUUGGCCACGAGGGUCAGGAGGCGGAGGAAGUGGUGUACAUUAACUGGCUCAGCAUGGUCAGAGCCGGACUGCUGGGCCUGGAGUUUUACACACCGGAGAGCAAGAGCUGGAGACAGGCUCACAUGCAGGCUCGAUUCGUCAUCCUGCGGGUUCUGCUGGAGGCCGGAGAGGGGCUCGUGGGCCUGGAGGAGGUGACCGGACAGGAUGGCAAGCCGGACGCACGAAUCACACUGGACCGCAGCAAGAUCCACACCGUGGGAAAGAACGCCAUCCAGAGGUUCCUCUGUAAACUGCAGGUUUUUAAGUCCACAGCGGAUGUGGAAGGAGGCCGAGCGCUCUACGAGGGUUACUCCACCGUCAGCGACAGCGGCGCUCACAACUUCCUGCGCCUGCGCGAGACGGUGCUUCUGAGGAAGGAGGCCCGCAAGAUGUUUGUUCAGGCCAACACCAGAGUCAACGGCGACUCCGUGGAGCUGGUGGAAUACGAGGGCAGCGCGGCCGGUUUGAUCCGCUCCUUCACCGAGCGUUUCCCGGACGACGCGGAGCAGCUGGAGGCCGACCUCUUGGAGCUGAACAAAAGAGACGCUCCCUGCUGGUGUUGAUGAACGAUCCUUCAAGCAUCAAAACAACGCAAUCACUUUUUUUUUUCCCCCCCCUUGUCUUUGGGACUUUGUAAGGGAACAGAUUACAAAUUAACGCUUUGAGACAGCUCCUCUGAUGUGAUUCAAGUGAAGUUUUAUACUUUAAAUCAAGCCAUAUUUGUCCUCUCAUAGUCUUUCAUGGAUGGCUGCUGAGUUCCAGGUCUCGUCUAUGAUUAUUGGAUCAAACGAAAUUACAAAUAAACAGGUUUUUUUUUUAUACCACAGU